GGGCGGGACGGCGCUGGCGGAGCCGCGGCUGUGACGGGACCGGCACAGGGACAGCGGGGACGGCGGGGACAGCGCCAUGGCCGAGAGAUACGACGUGGUCGUGAUCGGGGCCGGCAUCUCAGGUUUGUCAGCUGCCAAAUUGCUGUCUGAGGCUGGGGUCAGCGUGGUGGUCCUUGAAGCCCGGGACAGAGUGGGAGGAAGGACAUUCACCAUCAGGAAUGAUAAAGUGAAUUAUGUAGAUGUUGGUGGAUCUUAUGUGGGACCUACCCAAAACCGGAUUCUGCGACUGGCAAAAGAGCUGGGGGUGGAGAACUAUAAAGUGUAUGUUGAGGGCCACAUGUUCCAUCACAAAGGGGGAAAGUCACGAAAUUUCACAGACAUUUGCCCUUCAACAUGGAAUCCCUUGGUUUUUCUGGAUUACAAUAACUUCUGGAGAACGGUGGACAAGAUGGGAAAAGAGAUUCCUGUUGAUGCACCAUGGGAUGCUCCACAUGCUGAAGAAUGGGACAAAAUGACCAUGAAAGAGCUGAUAAAUAAGAUUUGCUGGACCAAAGCUGUCAGAGACUUCGCCACGGUCUUUGUGAAUGUCAACGUCACGUCUGAGCCUCACGAAGUCUCUGCCCUCUGGUUCCUGUGGUAUGUGAGGCAGUGUGGGGGCACAUUCAGGAUUUUCUCUAUCACCAAUGGGGGCCAGGAGAGGAAGUUUAAAGGGGGUUCCGGUCAGAUAUCAGAGAAAAUAAUGGAACGCCUGAAAGGCAGAGUUAAACUGGAGAGACCUGUGAUCAGUAUUGAUCAGACAGGUGAUAAUGUCCUUGUGGAGACUCUAAACCAUGAGAUAUAUGAGAGCAAGUACGUGAUCAGCGCCAUCCCUCCAACCCUGACAACAAAGAUUCACUUCAAACCAGAGCUGCCACCAAACAGGAACCAGUUAAUUCAGCGUUUGCCUAUGGGGAGUGUCAUAAAAACCAUGAUGUACUACAAGGAAGCCUUCUGGAGGAGGAAGGGUUAUUGUGGUUCCUUCGUCAUUGAGGAUGAAGAGUCUCCAAUUGGGAUAACCAUAGAUGACACAAAACCUGAUGGAACUUUCCCUGCCAUUAUGGGUUUCAUCCUUAGCAGAAAGGCUGUCAAGCUGGCCCAUCUCAGCAAGGAAGAGAGGAAAAAGAAGAUCAGUGAGGCAUAUGCUAAGGCACUGGGGAUGAAAGAGGCUUUACAACCUGUGCAUUAUGAAGAGAAGGACUGGGCCAUGGAGCAAUAUUCAGGGGGCUGCUACACAGCCUACUUCCCACCAGGCAUAAUGCAUUCCUAUGGAAGGAUCAUUCGCCAGCCUGUUGACAGAAUCUACUUUGCUGGCACGGAGACAGCGACCCAGUGGAGCGGAUACAUGGAGGGGGCCGUGCAGGCAGGAGAGAGAGCAGCCAGAGAGGUACUGCACAGUAUGGGGAAGAUCUCCAAGAGUGAAAUUUGGAUGCCAGAGCCAGAGUCAAAGGAUGUCCCAGCCCGACCAUUCCCCACCAGCUUCUGGGAGAGGAACCUGCCCUCGGCGCCGGGGCUGCUGUGCCUGCUGAGCUGCAGCCUGUGUCUCACCUCCGUGGCUGCUGCAGGGCUCUUUGUCUAUAAAAAGGGACUUCUUGGCCGGAACUAGCGGGGACCAGUGGAAGCUGCACACCCCCUCUCCUCCCCUUCUACCAGAUGAGUGUUAUUUUGGAGAAAAGUGGCAUGGACAGCUGGAAAGAGCAAAAAGUUAUUCUCCUUGU